GCAAGAACGGCCUGGAAGUGUAUAGCCUUGGCAGCAUCCCAAGGAUCUGGGCACUGCAAGCUACUGGGAACGUUUAUUCCUUCGCAUCUUUGAGUCACUGCCUUUGGCCCUGAAUUCGCACACGCCCCCGUUCCUACUAGUUCCAAUUUGUAUACACUGUACACGACUAGCAUAUAUUGGGCGUUGUUUGCGCGCUUUGGUCCCGAUGGCAAGUGGCCAGCUUGCCCUGGUCGCUGUGGCCCUACUGGCCAUUACAUGCUCGGCAGGCGGCGCGCGCAUGCGCGUUCUGCCAGGGGCAACAGUUGAACAACCAUCACACCACCAAGUUGCGGCCCUGAGUCCCUCCCGUAACGCGACUCGUGGAGUUAGGCCAUGCGACAACCAAGAUGAUGAGGUCUGCUCCCUGCCAGGGCUAGCAGGAAACCCCCACGUGCGCAUGCGCUCAGGCUACAUCACCGUGAGUGAGGCCAGCGGGCGCCGGCUGUGGUACCUGCUGGCAGACCGCGAGGCGGCAGCACCGGAGGGGGAGUGGCAGGGGGAGGGGGAGAUGGAGGGACAGGAGGGGCAGCAGCAGGUCGGCCGUCACUCGGAUGCCGCCCCGGUGCUGCUGUGGCUGACUGGCGGCCCCGGCUGCAGCUCGCUGGACGCAUUCGUGUACGAGCACGGACCCUUCACCUUCAGUUAUGUGGAGCGCCAGGAGGAGGAGGAGGCGGGUGGUGAUGCGGGCAGCAGCAGCACCGGGGGUGGCGGUGGUGAGGGCGGCAACAAGCGGCGGCGGCGUGAGGUGGAACUGCGGCCCAACCCCUACUCCUGGACCAAGCUGGCCACCGUCAUCUACGUGGACUCCCCCGCGGGUGCCGGCAUGUCGUACAGCGGGCGCCCCGAGGUGGACUACCACACCGAUGAUGCGUACACCAUCGCCGACCUGGUCACCUUCCUGGAGGGCCUGACGCACCGCUACCCCGAGCUCUCCUCCGCGCCCUUCUUCAUCAGCGGCGAGAGCUACGGCGGUGUGUUCGUGCCGCUGCUGGCACGCGAGCUGCUGCGAGUCAACCGGCGGAGGGAGCGGCAGGGGCGGCGAGCGCUGGUGAACCUGGAGGGCUACGCGGUGGGCAACCCGGUUACCGACGAUGUGGUGGACGGCAACGCGCAGCUGGUGUUCGCGGCGCACAUGGGGUACGUGGACCCGCCCUCCUGGCGCGACAUGCGGGAGGCGUGCGGGGACAUGUUCUGGAACGCAACGCCGGGUACCGCGUGUUGGGACGCGCAGGGUGUGGUGAAGGACGACCUGUGGGACCUCAACUGGUACGACGUGCUGGACCCCUGCACCAGGGGGGGACAUGCAGGGGAGGGGGAGGAGCAGGUGGAGGGGCGGGCAGCGGGCAGGGGCGGGCGCAUUGCGGCGGACCUGGCUCGGCGCUUCUACUGGCCCUUCACCGUGCGCAUGAAGGGGGCUGGAGAGGAGGCGGAGGAGAAGGUGGAGGGGGAGAAGCAACAGCAGCAGCAGGAGGAGGAGGGGCUGCAGGCAGCGGGAGGGAGGCGGCGGGGGCGGCAGCUGUGGGGUCCCUGGCUGCGGCACACGGCACCCUGCAUGGACCGCAGUAUCGCGCUGGACUGGCUGAACCGCGCCGACGUGCGGACCGCGCUGCACGCCGCGCCCGCCUCCCUCAUCGGCGGCUGGCAGCCCUGCAGCGACGUGCUGCGGUACGCGCUGGACACCGCUCAGCUGGUGCCGGUGCAUGAGGAGCUGGUGGGGGCAGGCAUCCGUGCGCUGGUGUACAGCGGCGACCACGACAUGGUGGUGCCGCACACGGGCACCGCAGCCUGGCUGUACGGCGAGGCGGGCGGGCUGGGGGGGCCGGAGGGGCCGCUCAGGCCCUGGAUGAUGGGAGGACAGAUCAUGGGCUUCACUGCCCGCUUCCGCAGCGGCUCCCGACUGCGGUUCGCCAGCGUGAAGGGCGCGGGACACAUGGUGCCGCAGAGCAGGCCCGCGCAGGCGCUGCACCUGCUGGGAGCCUUCCUGUACGACAAGGAGCUGUGAGGGGGGGGAGAUACGGCAGCAGUACGGCAGGCACGGUAUUCUAUGUGGCUGUACGGCAGGUCACGCCGGUUUUAUGUGGCGAGGAGGCGGUCUCGGCUGUGAGUGAGUGUGGAGUGCGUCGUGGAGAGAGCGCUUGGGGAUUGGGGUGCGUUAUUUGGGAGGUGGGUUAUGUGCUGGAAGUGCGGGCGUGUGCAUGUGCCAUUGUGUGCGUGCAGUGCAGAUUGACGCAGGUUGGGUCAGACCUCAACGGUGUAUGUGGAGUUAUGCGGUAUGGUAUAUCGUGCAGCGGAGGCCUAUUGUUUGGAGGAGGAGGAGGAGAAGGAAGAAGUCUGGGUUAGGUCGCAUGAACCAAGUUAAGCUGCCUAGCUAGCACGCAUGAUGGCAUGUAGGUACGUAGGUAGGUAGGUAGCUCUUCGGACGCACCAUACAUAAGCGCUGUGUUCGCGUCUUCAUGUCCCGGGUUUCGUAUUGUAUAUGCCGUGGUGCAAGCCAUAGCCGGUGUGUGCGAUGUGCGUGUGUGUGCGGUUAUUCUUGUGCUUUCCUGUGUUGAGCGUUUGGAGGGUUUUAGGGUUUGUCUGAGGGAUUUAGCGCUGGCAGGGCGUAUGCCUCUGCUCCCUGCAUGUACAGCAGGGGCCAGGCUAGGACCGAGAGGAAGCCUUCAUGGCCGGUAUUCAUGUGCUGGACGGAUGUUGGAACAAGGCAGCCGCAUUACGUUCGCAUGGUGGGAUGUGUGGGCAGUCCUGCCCCGGUUGAGCACCACCAGUUGGACAGCGGGGGGCGUUGGAAAGGUACCGGUAGCAGCAAGUUGAGCGGGUAACGGUACACAGCGCCGUGUGCCCCUGUGUUGAGUUGUUGACCCCCCCCCGAUGGGUUGCGAACACCCAACCCUCUUUCCCCCUCAAGUGCCUGGAGCAGCCGGGCAUUGUUGCGUUGCCUG